GAGCAGAGCCGUGCUGCCUCACAUGGACCCGAGACAUCAACAAGACAACAAGACACUCUCAGUAGUUCCCGUUUGGGAAGGCAAAAGAGAAGUUUGAUCAGGUGGAUCAAAACGCCAAACAUCUCUCGAAAAGGAUCUUGCGUUUGUGUUUUAGGUGAAACUGUAAAAGAGUACGAAGAGAGCAGCUGGUUUAAGGAGCGCAGACGAGUGCCAUCCACGAAUUCUUUCCAAAAGACUUCUUUAAGGGGAAUAAUGAGGAACAUUUGGAUAUUCCUGACACUUUCAGCCGCUGUCUGCUUGUCCAGCGACAAGGUACUGGUCUCGGGUCAGUCCCCUGCCUCAGCUGAUGACAUCUAUUUGGAUGACCAGCAGUCUGGUGACUACCCUUUAGAUGAUGAUGACUUCACUUCUGGUUCAGGAUCUGGUUUUAGUGACACAGAUGAUGAUGAAGACACUUCCACUGUAAUUGCGCGGUACCCAGAAUUCAAUGCGGGGUCUACUCAGGAGCCUGUCUACACCAGCAGCCCCAGCUUGGAGUCCUCUGUUUCCAGAGAGAUGGACAAAAUCAGCAUAGAGACAUUCAUCGAGUCAGACAUGGGACCAGAGAUCUAUAACGAUCAGACGGAAAAGGCCCAGGUCACCGUUGAAGCCACCAGCUCACCGAGUGUUGUACAAGAUGCUGACCUGCUUCAUGAGGUUCGCACAGAGAAUCUCUUCCAAAGGACAGAAGUGCUGGCAGCGGUUAUAGCCGGCGGAGUGAUUGGCUUCCUGUUUGCCAUCUUCCUGAUCCUCCUUCUGGUGUACCGUAUGAGAAAGAAGGAUGAGGGGAGCUAUGACCUUGGAGAGCGCAAGCCACCCAGCUCAGCCUAUCAGAAGGCUCCGAGUAAAGAGUUCUACGCCUGAAUGACCAAUCAUUGCCAACAGUAACAUCAUUAUGACAAGCAACUCCUCUCCAAGAGUAGCGUUGGAUUGGUAGCACAUCGAGGGGAUUGUUGUUGUUUUUUUUACGGGGAACCUUUACUUAUUUAAAAAUGUAACAAAAAAGUAAUUUUGCUUUACAAACCCAACCGGGGCUUGUAUUUUCUUUUGGGAUCAAAAAUGUCAAAGAUUGUUUCUCUAUGGUUUUUGAAAACAAUUGUUGUCAGUGUAUGAAAGUAAAUCAUUUCUCACAGGUUU